ACUCAAACACACCACACCAAAACUUUGGUUCAACCAAAGACUCUUUCUUUCUCAUAUAAAAAAACCAAAGCAUCAUAAAUCUUGAGAACAAGAAAAAACAAAAAAUAAAAAACUCUCUUUUUCAUUUCAAUGGCCAAGUCAAAGAACAAUGCAAAGAAACUUUCAUACAUCUCAGUUCCUUCUCAAAUAAUCAAUUCCAUUUCAUCUUCUUCUAUUCAAUCACUUCUUGAAUCACCAAAGAAAUCAUCAUCAAGAACUUCCUCAAAGUUCAUCUUCAUCUUAACAAAAUGGAAGAAUAAAAAAAGACUAUUUUUCAUUUUCACUCUCUUUUUUCUUGGUAUCUUCGCCAUGUUCAAGUUUGGUUUCAAUCUAGAAUUACCAUUUUCUCCCUACCCAUGUGCUACAACUCUUCCAAACCUCUUAAUCUCAAAUGGGUAUGUUUCAAAAUCUGAACUUGGUGCUGUUUCAUCAAAGAAAGAUGAUAUUUUUAAUGAUGCUAGUGUUGAUUCAUUGCCUUUGAUUGCAAAUGUGAUGUUGCAAGCAAAAGGGCCAAGUGGAGAUGAAAAAAUGGAUUAUGAAAAAAGUGAGGGAGUUGAAAUGGGUGAGUUUUGGAAGCAACCAGAUGGGUUAGGCUAUAAGCCUUGUUUGGAUUUUAGUAGAGAUUAUAGAAGAGAAAGUGAUGGGGUUGUGAAGAAUAGGAGAAAGUAUCUUAUGGUGGUUGUUUCUGGAGGAUUGAAUCAGCAGAGGAAUCAAAUUGUUGAUGCUGUUGUUAUUGCUAGGAUUCUUGGUGCUUCUUUGGUUGUUCCUAUAUUGCAAGUCAAUGUUAUUUGGGGAGAUGAAAGUGAAUUUGCUGAUAUAUUUGAUUUGGAACACUUUAAGAAUGUUCUUGCCAAUGAUGUGAGGGUGGUUUCAUCUUUGCCAUCGACUCACCUGAUGACAAAGCCAGUGGAGGGAAGCCCUCCCCUUCAUGUCACCCCAAGUUGGAUCCGUUCGCGCUAUCUUAGACGAUUUAACAGAGAAGGUGUUUUGCUUUUACGCGGCUUGGAUUCAAGGCUAUCAAAGGAUCUUCCUUCGGAUCUUCAGAAACUUCGAUGCAAGGUUGCUUUUAGUGCAUUGAGGUUUGCAAAACCAGUUCAAGAACUUGGCAACAAGAUUGCUGAGAGAAUGAAAAGCAAGGGACCUUACCUUGCUCUUCAUCUAAGAAUGGAAAAGGAUGUGUGGGUGAGGACUGGUUGUUUACCUGGUCUGAGUCCUGAGUUUGAUGAGAUUGUAAAGAAUGAGAGGAUACAACGGCCCGAGCUCUUGACCGCAAGAUCAAACAUGACUUACCAUGAAAGAAAGAUGGCUGGCCUUUGUCCCUUGAAUGCCAUAGACGUUACCAGGUUGCUUAAAGCUUUAGGAGCUCCAAAAGAUGCAAGAAUUUAUUGGGCAGGAGGACAACCAUUGGGUGGAAAAGAAGUAUUGAAUCCAUUAAUCCACGAGUUUCCACAUCUUUACAAUAAGGAAGAUCUUGCCUUAGCUGGAGAACUAGAACCAUUUGCAAAGAAAGCUUCUCUAAUGGCUGCCAUAGAUUACAUUGUUUCUGAGAAGAGUGAUGUUUUCAUGCCAUCUCAUGGAGGAAAUAUGGGCCAUGCAAUUCAGGGUCACAGGGCCUAUGCAGGACACAAGAAAUAUAUAACCCCAAACAAAAGACAAAUGCUUCCCUAUUUUCUGAAUCCUUCCCUCCCUGAAUCAGAGUUUAACAAUAUUGUCAAGGAAUUGCACCAGAACUCAUUAGGACAGCCGGAACUCAGGACUAGCAAAGUCGGUAGGGACGUCACCAAGUAUCCUGUCCCCGAGUGCAUGUGCAAUAAUGACUCGCAUGAUUAUUCGUAAUUGAAGACUCGAUACCAAAGCUUCUGGUAUGAAACGAUUACACGGAAAUGGUCCUCAAAUGUGUAAACGUGGUAGUUUUUGCAACCUGUACGAUUUUGAUCCCUUGAAAACUACUUGGAGGUGAAUUUCAAGAGCAACAUUUUGAAGAGCUAUAAUGUCAAGCACUCCUCUCUCCUCAAGUGUACUCACAUUAUUCCUUAAAGUGAUAAAUACACAAUAGAUCAUUCUUUGAUUCUUUAUAUAGAGCUUGUAUAGGAUACAUGUUAUUUUGUUAUGUAAUUCUUUGUUGUACAUAUAUCUGAAUAAAUAAAUAAUCAGUUUUGUAUUCAGUUUUUUUAUCUUGAAUUGAAUAUCAUCUUAGUAUGCUACAACUUUACA